AUGGCUAAAAUUGGUAGCCAGAGAUCUUACGAUAGUUCUAUUCCAUGUGAGGGAAGUCCAAGUAUCGGCCAAGUUCCAGUGUCACCAAAAUCAUUGCCAUUGCUAAAAAGACCUGCCAAGCGACCGCGCUUGACAGAACAACAGCCCACAACAACUCAAACAGAGCUUGCAAACACCAAAUCAGAUCCCAUACUUGCGGAACAACAGAUACAGCUGCAGAUACCACAACAGCAGAUGCCAGAACGCCAAAUAAAUCAGAUUCAUCAGCAAGAACAGAGACCGCACCCAGUUCGAUCACUUGCAGGGUCUCACAUUAUGGGAUCUGCAUAUCAUCCUCAGUCACAACGGUUCAUACAAGCCCAGCCUCUCCAACCAAACAGCAUUCACACACAACCACGGACCAGCCUUCCAUUGAUAGAUACAGCUGCGGUUCACCAUGAGCCGAACAAUUCAUUCGCGUCAUACGCAUAUCAAGCAUCGCCACGUACGAACCAUUCUCCCAGUUUGCAGACUUUACCGGCGAUGCUUCCUACACCAACUGCAUACCAUGAAAACAUGCCCUCUCAACGCAUUCCUCGAAUGCCCGCACCCACUCACACGUCUUCAUACCAAUAUCCUCCGUAUACCCACGCAUCAGCACCAAUGUCUCCUGAAACCAUGGCUAGAUCUCAAUACCCCCCACUUGCAGCACAUAAUCCACCACCAAUGCCAAUACUAAGACUCAACCAUCAUACCCAGACUUUCAAUCAUCCUGCAUUACCCCAAUCCCCACCCAUAACCCCCCAGUCCCAUCGCUUUCCUACAUAUCCCCCCUCCAAUCCAACCCCAACCCCAACCCCAACCAUCCAAUUCCGCAUCCAACUCCAACCCAACGGCCCCUUCAGCCCCCCCUACCCCAAAACCAUCCUCAGCACCCCAGGCAAACCCGCAACCACCACCUCCCAAUUCUUCACCUCCUUCACCGCAAACACAAGUCCCUUCCCCGGAGGGAAUCCCGACUCUCUGACCUUCCGACUCAAAGACGCAGUGCCCGUCCCAAUCGCAUAUACCGUUUCUCGAUCAGGAACAGUGGAUGGAGUCGAUGCACUGGUAAAGCUGAGAGCUGAUAUCAAGAGAGAGUGUGAGAACGCGGGGAGAUUGGUCAUGGGAUUUGAAAAAUUUGAGAUCUACGUUAGCAUCACGGAAGGAGCAAGUAAGGAGAAGGAGGUAGAGCUACCUGGACAGGUGUUGGGGGAAGAGUGGUAA